AUGGCGGACGACAUUGCCAUAGUAGGCUAUGCAUGCCGACUUCCAGGACAUGUUUCCACUCCAGACGACCUGUGGGAGCUGUGUACGCGAGGUCGCAAUGGCUGGUCUGAGAUUCCCGAAGAACGUUUCUCAUCCGGUGCAUUCCACCAUCCGAAUCCCCUCAAACCAGGAACGUUCAACCCGAAGGGCGGGUUUUUCCUCAAAGACGACAUUUCCAAGUUCGACGCUCCAUUCUUCAAUCUCACAAAGAAGGAAGCCAUAUCUCUGGAUCCUCAGCAGCGACUCCUUCUGGAGUGUACAUACGAGGCCCUGGAAAAUGCCGGAUUCCCGCGAGAGAGCUAUGCGGGCAGGAAAGUGGGCGUGUACGUCGGCGGCAACUUCGCCGACUACGAGCUGAUGAACGUACGAGACUUGGAGACCGCACCCGUGUUCCAGGCCACCGGAUGUGCACCGGCUAUGCAAGCAAACAGAAUAUCGCAUUUCUUCGACUUCCGAGGGCCCAGCAUGACCAUCGAUACCGCAUGUUCUGGCUCGCUUGUUGCAUUACACCACGCAGUGCAGAGUCUUGCCCGAGGAGAGACCAGCGAAGGCAUCGUCGCUGGAUGUCGGCUGAACAUCCUCCCCGACUACUUUGUGACAAUGUCCAUGUCUCAGCUCUUGAACGACCACGGGAAGACCUUUGCUUUCGAUGACCGAGCGGACGGAGGAUUUGCGAAGGGCGAGGGCGCAGGCGUUCUCGUCUUGAAGCCCUUGAAGGAUGCUAUCCGAGACAAAGAUUCCAUCCGAGCAGUCAUUACGAAGACUGGUGUAAACCAGGAUGGUAAAACAAUCGGCAUUACCAACCCGAAUGGAGAUGCUCAACAGAGUCUUGUCCAGCAAAUGUACAGCGAUGCGAAUAUCGAUCCCGCGGAGUGCGCAUUUGCGGAAUGCCACGGAACUGGCACAAAAGUGGGAGAUCCAAUCGAAGCCCGAGCGAUACACCAGUCCCUGUCUCAUUUGCGAUCUCCUGAAGACCCUCUGUACAUCGGCUCGGUCAAGUCAAAUGUUGGCCAUCUUGAAGGAGCGAGUGGCGUGAUCUCGAUGAUCAAGGCAUCUCUCAUGCUUGAAAAAGAGCUGCUGCUGCCGAAUGCCAACUUCCGGGUUGCGAAUCCUGCAAUCCCAAUGGAUGACUGGAACAUGAAGGUGCUCAAGUCCACUCGACCUUGGCCGAAGGGAAAGCACUACGUCGAUGUUUCGAACUAUGGUUUCGGCGGGACAAACGCUCAUGCCAUUCUUCAAAUGGCUCCUCGUGAGACAAGGAGACCUCCACAAGCCGACAACAGCCAGCCAGCAGACCCGACUGUCAAGCUCUUCCUGACUUCUGCGAACGAUCAGGAAGCCUUGAAGAAAAGGAUGAACGAUCUUACCGUCUACAUCGAGCAGCGCCCCGAAGUCUUCGAGAAGAGCCUGUGUCCCAAUGUUGCGUACACCCUUGGAGCUCGCCGUUCGCAUCUUCGGUACCGAUUGGCAGUGCCGGCCACUUGUCUCGCCGAGCUGAGCAACAGCAUGACAACAAACAGCAUUCGGCUAACAAGAAGUCUGGACGCUCCUAAGCUCGGCUUCGUCUUCACCGGCCAGGGAGCCCAAUGGCCACAAAUGGGCAUGGGCUUGAUGCGAGAGUAUCCUAUUUUCGCCUCUGCGAUCAACCGUGCUGAUGCGCAUCUGCGUUCACUGGGUGCCGAUUUCUCACUUUCCGCGGAACUUCUUCUCCCCAAGAAGAUGUCUCACAUCAACAAUCCGGAGAUCAGCCAGCCAGCCUGCACUGCCGUACAGAUUGGGUUGGUAGAGCUUUUUAGAUCAUGGGGUGUCCAGCCUAGUUCUGUGGUCGGACACAGCAGCGGAGAGAUCGCAGCAGCAUAUACCGCGGGUGCUUUCGACGCUGAUACUGCGAUGGGGCUGGCGUAUUUCCGCGGGCUCAUGACAUUGAAGUUGAAGGCGGCAUACCCUGACCUCGAAGGUGGUAUGAUCGCCAUCGGACUGGGCCCCGAUGGUGUUGCACCUUAUCUGGAGAAGAUCAGCAAAGGAUAUGCUACAAUCGCCUGCAUCAACAGCCCAACGAGUGUUACGGUCUCUGGAGACCGAACUGCAAUCGCCGAACUCCACGAGAUUCUGCAAGCUGAAAAUAUCUUCAACCGCCAGCUGCCGAUCGAUGUUGCUUAUCACUCCAACCACAUGGCAAAAAUCGCAGACCUGUACCUCGUCAGCAUUUCAGCAGCAAGGCCGUCGACCACUCUGACUUGCAGCUUUGUGUCCUCCGUCUACGGGCGGCAUCUGGAGGGCUCCCAGAUUGAGCCUCAGUACUGGGUGGACAACCUGAUCUCCCCGGUGCGCUUCGCUGAUGCCGUCGCUUUGAUGUGCUCGGAUUCGGAGAGGCCUGACAUGCUCAUUGAGUUUGGACCACACUCUGCGCUCAAAGGACCGAUCUUGGACUCCAUGAAGGCACAAGGUCUCACGCCUGAAGACAUCAGCUAUUCGGCAUGUCUCAUCAGAAAUGAGGAUGCCUUGACCUCUGUCCUUACAGCUGCCGGUGCUGUAUACAUGCGAGGCGUUACCUUGGACACGCUGGCGAUCAACUUCCCGCACUCACAGGCCCAGUCGUGCGCUUUGUUGACCGAUCUUCCUCGCUACCCGUGGCAGCAUUCGACCUCUUACUGGCACUCCUCGCGCCUUGCGCAGAAGCACAUCGCACGAUCAGGCGAGAGGAACGAUGUCCUUGGAGCGCUGGCUGCAUACUCCAACGAUCUUGAGCCAACCUGGCGGAACAUCAUCCGUUUGGACGAUAUUCCAUGGCUGCGUCACCACAAGAUGCAAGGUCUUCCCGUCUUUCCAUUCGCAGGCUAUAUCGCAAUGGCCAUUGAGGCUGCCAAACAGGAGUCGCAGUUCCAAAAGUUGGAGUUCGACGGCUUCGAGCUGCACGAGAUUGUUGUCAGUGCCGCUAUGGUCCUAGAUGAUGCCUCUGAUACGGAGGCCACGAUCACCCUGCGUCCUCACAACGAAGCCUCAAGAGGCUACUCAAAGACAUGGAAAGAGUUCCGUAUUUGCUCUUGGGGUGAAGGUCCCGGCUGGACGGAGAACUGCCGUGGACUCGUGAGAGCGACCAAUUCUCGGGCCCGGGAGCAUCAAGCUUUUGCUUCGUGCCAACAGCUCGAAGCCAAGGUUUUGGGUAGCCGUGAAGAAAUCAUCACUGCGAGGGCAACCCAAGAGGUAUGUCAAAAGCUGAUAUACGAAGACCUGGAUCGUGUCGGUGCUGGUUACGGAACCUCAUUCCAGGGCCUGCGGAACUGUUUCUCCGGCGCGGAGCACUCCCGAGGAGACAUAUUUGUGCAGGACACGAAGAACCUCAUGCCCAAGGCUUUCGAGCCUGAGCUUGUCAUCCAUCCAUCGCUGCUCGACAUAUUUCUCCACUUGACCUGGCCGAUCUUGGGAGCAGGUCAAGGGUCCUUCGAGAACCUUUACAUGCCCACGAGCGUGCAGUCGGUGAAGAUCCAGAUGGACUCUGUGAAACAAACUGGCGAGCAUCUACAAGUCUGGUGCUCCGGAACGCCAGAUCUCGCCGCUCCCAAGCCGACGACCUUCGACAUGCAUGCGACCAAGCCUGGCGAGCAAGGGCGGCCGGUGAUUGAAUUCAAGGGAUUCGUCAUGACUCCGCUAGGAAACGCUGAUUCGACUUCCGCUCCGAUCGAGAAGAUCUGCUACAAAAUGGUUGCCGAGCCUUUCGAGCCAUAUGACCAUCAUCACGUCAACGGCACGAAUGGCCACCUGACCCAGCUCAAUGGCACGAAUGGUGUGAACGGUGCUGCAGUGAACGGUGACCAUGCCGCUGAGACAUCCGAAAUCACCGUUGUCCAUUUCGGCAACUGCGACAAGCUCAGCAGUGACGUGUCCGAAUCAAUCCACUACAACUCCGGCCUGGAAGCACCGAUCGAUGCCCUGGGCAGCGUGGACUGUUCUGGAAAGCGAGUGGUCCUCCUUCAAGCCAGUGGUACCUCGCUCGCGGACGUCUCAAGCGCCGACUUUGACAGCCUCAAACAGGUCUUGCUCACUGGCGCGCAAGUCAUCUGGGUGUACGCCAAAGACGAGCCCGAGACGGGCAUGAGCGUCGGACUGGCGAGAACUAUCCGUGCCGAAAACAUGUCGAAGAUCUACACACUCGGCGUGGACUCAAGCGAGCUGCAAGGCUCCUGGUCGGUCAUGGCGAUCGAGCAGGCGAUGCAAUGUCUAUGGUUCUCUCCGCCUGAAGAGGCUGUGCGAGAUGCAGAAUUUACUGCUUCAAGGGGCCACCUGAGCAUUCUGCGUAUCGUCGACGAUGAUCAGCUCAAUGACUUCAUGCGAAGCCAGACUGGAACCGCCGUUUUCCAGAAGCAAGAUUUUGCACAGCCUGAUCGCAGACUGCGGAUGAAGAUCGAGUCUGCCGGUGCUCUUGACACGCUAUACUGGGAGGAUGAACCAGUGGAAGUGCUGCAAGACGAUGCAAUUGAGAUCGAGGUCCGAGCGACUGGAGUCAACUUCAAGGACAUCGUCGUGUCCAUGGGGCAAGUCAGCCAGCCAUACAUCGGCGUCGAGUGCAGUGGAGUGGUUGCCUCGAUCGGCAAGAACGUCACAAAUGUUCAAGUCGGUCAACGUGUGAUGGCCAUGACCACCGGUGCCUACUCCACCUACGCACGCUGCCUGGCGACGAGCGCAUUCCCCAUCGCUGACAGCGUGAGCUUUGAAGAGGCUGCCACAAUUCCGGUCAUCUUCGCCACAGCGUACUAUGCGCUCUUCGACUGCGCUCGCUUGGAGGAAGGCGAGACGAUCCUGAUCCACGCCGCUGCUGGAGGUGUUGGUCAAGCUGCCAUCAUGCUCGCCAAGACGAUCGGAGCCAAGAUCCUCGCCACUGUCGGAAGUGCGGACAAGAAGCAAUUCCUGAUGGAGCAGUAUUCCAUUCCCGAGGAGAACAUUUUCUACAGCCGCGAUGCCUCCUUCGGGCCGAUGGUGCGCCAUGCCACUGGUCAGGCUGGAGUGGACGUCGUGUUGAAUUCUCUGGCCGGCGAGCUCCUGCGGGAGAGUUGGGAUUGCCUCGCUCCAUUCGGAAGAUUCAUCGAAAUCGGCAAGGCCGACAUCACCCAGAACGGCCGUCUGGACAUGCUCAAGUUCGAGUACAAUUGCACUUUCUCUUCGGUCGAUCUUACCAAGGUCGCAGCAUACAAGCCGAAGCUCAUGCAGCGAUUGCUCUCCGAUGUUCACAAGCUGAUCGCCUCUGGAACAAUCUCACCGAUCUCUCCCGUCAAGACUUUCCCCAUCUCCGAGACCGAAGCCGCCUUCAGAGCUCUUCAGAGCGGAAGGAUCUUUGGAAAGCUAGUCGUUGUUCCUCGCGAAGGCGACCAAGUUCGGGCAACCACCAGGAAAGUCGGCGACAGCCUUUUACGCAGCGAUGCCACCUAUGUCAUCAUUGGUGGCACCGGCGGCUUAGGCCGAAGCAUGGCACGCUGGAUGUCGAUGAAGGGCGCCCGGAAUAUCGUCCUCACCUCCCGGAGUGCUUCAAUGAACGAUCGAGUUCAGGCAUUGGCAGACGAUCUCAGCCCCCACGGCACAAAGCUUGUGGUCAAGGCAUGUGACGUUUCCGACAUGGUCUCCGUGAAGCAGUUGGUCGAGCAAGACCUGAAUGGUCUUCCACAGAUCCGCGGUAUCGUUCAUGGCGCCAUGGUCCUCGAGGACAUGCUCUACGAGCAGAUGAGCAUUGACAGCUUCCGGAAGGUGACUGCCUGCAAGGUCCAAGGAGCACAGAAUCUCCACCAGGUGCUUGCAGGACAAGAGCUGGACUUCUUCGUGGCGCUAUCGUCCGUUGCCGGUGUCGUGGGCAACCGCGGUCAAGCAGCGUACGCAGCAGCCAACGUCUUCCUCGACUCUUUCAUGGAGUGGAGAAGAUCCCAAGGUCUUCCGGGAGCUUCCAUCGAUCUUGCCGCCAUCUCAAAUGUCGGCUACCUGGCCGAUGGCAGCGAUGCUCGUCGGGAAGAAGUGCUGAAGAACAUCGGAGGACAAACCCUCGACGAGUCGCAAGUCCUCGCUCUCCUGGCUGCUGCGGUGACUGGCAAGCUACAGUCCUGCGGCGGUCAGUGCAUCACUGGUCUCGGCAAUGCCACCAAAGAGAGCUUCUGGAUCAGCGAUUCCAAGUUCGCAAUCCUCAAGGAGAUCGUGGACUCGCAGGAUGGUGGAGCUGGAGCUGACGCUGCGAAUGUCCCAUUGCUGAAGCUCAUUCGCACAGCAUCGACUCCGGAGGAGGCCUCGACAGCGCUUUACGAGGCCUUGGCAAUCAAGAUUGCCAACGUGCUGGUGCUUCCCGAAGAUGCCAUCAAGCCGUCUCAGACACUGAAGGCACUCGGAUUGGACUCUCUUGUCGCAAUUGAAAUCCGGAAUUACAUUGCGCGAGAGACGGAGGUGAACUUGCAGGUCCUGGAGCUCCUUUCCAGUGGCUCCAUCUUGAAUUUGGUACACCUGAUCUUGAAGAAGAUGGGCAUUGAGGUGUAGGCGAGAUGUGUUCGAUUGUAGUUCCCUUUGGUUUGGUCGACUUGGCUUCCAUUGUACAUAUUUAGCAGUGUGCAUAUUGGAUUGUAUUUGGGAGCAAUAGAAAG